AUGAAAGCCCUCCUUGUCCUCCUGUUUGUGGCUGGCGCCAAUGCCUGUGGAAGUCCCAGCUAUCCAGCAUACAGCAGGGUAGUCAAUGGGAUUGAAGCAAGACCAUACAGCUGGCCCUGGCAGGUCUCCUUGCAAGUGAAUCGAGGAAGCUAUUAUUCCCAUACCUGUGGCGGAAGCCUCAUUGACAGUAACUGGGUAGUAACAGCAGGCCAUUGCAUCCACUCAGGCCGUGCUUAUCGGGUGGUGCUUGGUGAGUUCGACAGGGGUACGGAAGAAGGUCCGGAACAGACUAUUUAUGCAGCAGAGAUCUUUGUUCACCCUCAAUGGAACCCCAGCUGCCUGUCCUGUGGGAAUGACAUUGCUCUGAUCAAACUUACAACACCUGCCGUACUGAAUGACAAAGUCAAGACGGCCUGCAUUCCUCCAGCUGGUUACAUAUUUGAGAAUAACCAUCCCUGCUACGUGACUGGAUGGGGAAGACUCUACACUGGUGGCCCACUUCCAGAAAAGUUGCAACAAGCCCUACUGCCAAUUGUUGACCAUCAGACAUGCGAGCAGAGAGACUGGUGGGGGAGCAGUGUGAGAACUACCAUGGUUUGCGCUGGAGGAUAUGAGAAGUCUGGAUGUAAUGGAGAUUCUGGAGGUCCUUUGAACUGUGAAGGUCCUGAUGGAUUUUGGUAUGUUUAUGGUGUAGUCAGCUUUGGGUCAGGUAGAGGCUGCAACACCCCUCAGAAACCAACUGUCUUCACCCGCAUAUCAGCUUUCAACUCUUGGAUAUAUUCAGUAAUGGGUAAUAAUUGAAAGGCCAGACAACAAUAUUUCAACAUCUCCCUAUCAGUGAAAUGAAUAAAC